AUGCCUCAAUUUUUCGAAUGUUCAUUUUGUCAACGUUUAUAUUCUCAACAUUCGUUGAUAAUUCAUCAGAAAAAUUGUUUGGAGCAAAAGAAAUCGGAGGAAAAUGUUGUGAAGAAACCAAAACGAUCAAAAUCUUCGAAAAGAAAACGUGAAGAUGUAAUAUUACCCGAAAGGCCAAGAACUCGAUCCUUGUCAAGAUCUUCGAUAGAUACAGGUAAGCCUUUUGAACCUUAUGAAAAAAAAGUGAACACCACUUAUUAUUUUUUUACAUAGAUAAACAAAAACGUAUGUUUUUUGUUGUUACACUUCCGGUCUAUUUUGCAGGUCAAUUUAGAAUUUGUUAUGUUUGUGGCACACAAUUUGAUGUUGAUUCGAUUGAACAACACACUAUUAAAUGCUUUCAGGGUAUGCAUUUACAGUUUGAUAUAUGUAAAAGUAUUUUGAAAACAAGCAUAUUUUCAGAAUGGUCUGAUAUGGCAAUUCCACUUUCCGAAAGAUUUUUCAUAAAUGAGCCAAAACAAUUGAAUAUUCCUUCAAUUGAUGGAACAAUAAAUACAUUUUAUGAGAAUCAAAGAUCAGUGAAAAGUUCUCGGAAUUGUCAAAUUGUUCGAUGUCGAAAAUGUAAUGCAAGAAUUGCUAUUCAUUUGGCUCAAUCACAUCAAUGCACACAGUAUGAACCAACUAUUGAAUUUUAUUUUUGA